GCAGACUCAAACAUCGAAUGUGUUAGCAGUUCUGGUACCAUGUCAGUAUCUCGCUGCCAGCUGUUUGAAGCGGGCUUCCACUCCAGUGCUCUCCAUCUCCGAGACAGCUCCUGCAACGGGACUCUUCAGGAUGGACGACUUGUCUUCCACUUUGACAAUGACAACCAUCUGUGUGGGACAGCUCUUAGGAGCAAUGGAACUCACUUCAUGUAUUAGAACACUAUUCAGGGGAAUGUGGAUCCUCAUGGAGGUUUGAUCAACCGUGAGAGGAAUCUUCAUCUGGAUUUCUGUUGUGUUUAUCCACUUGCUCAAGCUCUGUCAAUGGCUGUGGGCAUCAACCCUGUGGAGAGCAUUUUGAAGAAGAAGCUUCCUGCUGGCACUGGAUCAUAUAGUGUGAGGAUGAUCCCCUAUGAGGAUGAAGGUUUCCACUUCCCCUUCAGCACGAACGGAAACAUAGAACUGGAAGUUGAUCAGAUGUUUUACGUGGAGGUGCGAACAGAAGGGGUGGAUCAGCGUCAAUUUGCCACAGUUCUGGACUCCUGCUGGGCCACACCAGUCAACCAAGCAAACUACCCUGUCCGCUGGGAUCUCAUUACUUCACUGUGUCCUAAUCCAGAAGAUGGAACCGUAGAGGUGAUUCAGAACGGUGUCUCCACUGUGUCUCGUUUCUCCUUCAGGAUGUUCACCUUCACCAACCACACACAGAUUUACUUGCACUGCAGUGUCCACUUGUGUCUUUUGAGCAGCAACAACUGCAGAACUCAUUGCUACCCGGGUCACCACACUCUAUUCAAGAGGGACGUGUCUUACCAUGACUCUGCAGCUCUGUCAAUUGGACCACUGGUACUCGGGGCACAACCAAACACUG